AUGGCGCCCCGCAAGCCUCGUUGCAACUUCAAGGAGUGCAAGGAAGCCGCUCAACGCAUCGUCGGAGACUGCAGCUUCUGCAGUGGUCACUACUGCUCUAAGCAUCGCAUGCUGGAGGCUCAUGCCUGCACGGGUCUCGAGGACUGCAAGAAGGAGUCCCACGCCCGCAAUGCCGAUAAGCUCAACAGUGAGCGGACUCACGUCAUUAAGGGCGUAUGA